AUGUCAUCACCAAUUAAUAAACCAAACUUAUCCAUAAAAACACAACAGCAACAAUAUUCAAUCGAUCCAAUAAACGAAUCAUCAUUAUCGUCAUCAAUUCAUAAUGCAACUUUACAAGAUAUAGCCAUCGGAAUAAAUAAGAUUGAAAACAUUUUACUUGAUUUUACCAAGCAAAUGUCUUUACUUAAUGAAAACAUUUCUCAAAUAAUAAUAAACCAAUCACCACUAUCACCACUUCCUCAACAACUAUCAGAAACUACAUCAUCACCAUCAUCGAACCUUAAUGUACAUAAUAAAGAUAACCUUGUGCAUCAAGUUGACGUAUCACAAACUGAAGUCAGAAGAAAAACAAGCAUCAGAACUUAUAGGGAACCCGAUGCACUUGGUCAUUUAUCCUUACAAGUUGCUACAUUAUCUACAAAUCGAGAUUUACAAAAUCUUGACAAGGAAUUGGAUGAUCCAAUCGAUAAAUUUGAAAAUAUGAGACUUAGACCAGAAUUACUCCGAGGAAUUUUAAAUUUUGGAGGAAUCCCACUGUUACUUAAUGGAUUAGACGUUAUAGCGCAAACACAAAUAGGACAAGAGAAAAUAGCAACAUAUUCAAUAACGAUUUUACAAAACAUUGAAAUAUCAAAUUAUAAAUGUCAGGCCUUAAUAGUUACAUCAACAAUUGAAUCAGCGGAGCAGAUUUAUCAAUUCAUUCUCGGCGUAUCCAAUUUAAUGACAAACUUGGAAUGCUUUAUGUGUACUGGAGGAGCAAACAACGAUGAAGAUGUUAGAGAAAUAAUGAAAUUGAAACCACAUAUAAUUAUUGGUACUUGGAAUCGAAUAUAUGAUUUGGUUAAUUUGAAAUCAAUUGAUUUAUCUUAUCUAAAGAUCUUUGUAAUCGAUGAAUUAGACAUGCUAAUUCAACAAGGAUUUAAAGAUCAAGCAAUUGAGAUCAGACAACAAUUGCCAUUCACGACUAUUUUACAAACAUUAUUAUUUACAUCAAAUAUUACAUCAGAAAUGAUGGAUUUUAGUAAUGUGUUGAAAAUGAGAGAACCAAUCAAGAUGUUGGUUAGGAAAUCAAAUGAUCAAAAAUUAUUAAGUUCACCACCAUUAACAUCAAUACCAUUAUCACUACCAUUACCAUCAUCGCCACCGCCACCUCCGCCAAAAUCAUCAUCUACUUCUAUUAAUAACACUAAUAAUAAUAAUAAUAAUAAUUUAAAUGUUAGUGCCAGUAACUUUAAUAAUAAAAGAAUUUCCAAAGUUAUUAUAAAUGCUCCUCCUAUUACAAAUAGCAAUAUCAAUAACAACAAUAAUAAUAUUAUAUCAUCGACAGUGAAUAAACUCAAGAAUAAUAAUAAUUUACAAAGUUUACAGAAAUUACAUGAACAACAAAGAAAAUACAAUGAAAUGAAAAUAUCUAUAAAACAAUAUUAUCGUUAUAUAGCAAUGGAUAAGGGUGAUUGGAAAUUGGAGACGUUAAAUGAUUUUUUUGAUGACAUUAAAAACCUUCAAACAAUAAUUUAUUGUAAUAAAGAAAAAACAAUUGAAAAAAUAUGUUAUAAAUUGGCAUUAAAAAAUUUGGAAACUCAUGAAGAAAUGACGUCAACACAACGUGAAUCUAUUUUAACAAAGUUUUUAACAAAUAAAGUUCGAAUAUUAGUUACAACUUGUGUACUAAUACAAGGGAAUGAUAUAUGUGAAUUUAUACCUUUGAUAAUAAAUUAUGACUUGCCAGCUUCGCCUGAAAUUUAUGGGCAAAGAAUUUCAUGUGCAUCAUCUAAUACUAAACAAGGCAUAGUGAUUUCAAUUAUUAACUCGAGAUCAAAAGAAAUGGGAAAGUUGAGAAAUAUUGAAGAAUUUUAUAAAUUUAAAAUGCUUGAAAUGCCUGAUAACUUCACUACUGAAAUUUUUGCUUUUGAAUUAAUGCUUGAAAUCCUUUUAUCAAAGUUAAUUGAGAUGAAAACUGAAAAUUUUACGCAGAACAGUGAAAAAAUUUAG